GAGCUACUUGAUGGCCCGAUCAAGCUCCUCAAGAAGCACGUUGCCCACUUGGAGGACAAAAUUGUGACAACAUGGGAUCGGCGUUUCUUCCAUGCAGCGAAGCCGACCCAGGAUCCCAAGGGUGCACAGACGUGUUUUCUUAUGUUGAGAGUCAAGAGGGAGGCCAAGGAGCUCAUCCUCAAAACAGUGAUUCCUGGGAUCUACUUCUCCCCCAAGACAGAAGAUGGCCUUCCGGAUCCUGCCUACAAGGUGGUUUGGCUAUCUGAUUGCCCUUUGGAUGAUCUCAUCAUCAAAGCCAACUCCGAGCCAACGGCUGCUGGAUUGGUCAGGAACAAGGGAGGAUAUGGCAUACGGGUCAAGAACGAUGACUUCAUCAAGGCGAAGCAGCGGUGGCAACCACUCUGGAGGCCACUGCCGGACACGCCAUACAAUCUGCAGAUCACUCGUUACUACGACCUCCAGAAUAUGCCCUUGUCCUCCUCCAAGGCUGAGGUGCAAGCCUUCCUCAACAGUGUUGGCUGGCCCUCCAUUGCUGUAAGACAGAGCCGCCCUCGUACGUGGAUUGUGGGGGCCGCUGGCCCUCCAGCAAACAUGGUCUUCCUGGCUGCACAUGGCACCAUACUUGUUUCAGAACGUGUUGCCAAAGGAAAUGGAAAAGGCAAACAGGGCAAGGGCAAGAACCUCACCAGGCAUGAGGCGACGUGGCUUUUGGCUGGCCACUCUUCUGUGCCACCAGAGCCCAAGAGACUUGAAGUCCCGACCCCUGUGAUGCAUGUGGAUUCUGACUCGGCGGCAGCGGCUAUUGAAGACAAACUCCAGAAGCGUAUGGACCAGUUGCACCAGGAACAGAUUGCCACCACCAACAUGCUCAAAAAGGACUUCCGCAACCUCCAGCAACAAGACAAGGUCAAUGAAGAGCUCCGUUCUGGGAUCAAUGAGUUGGCGGGCAACAUGUCCAGCCAGCUGGAAAGGCACAUGGCCGCCAUCACCUCGGCCAUCUCGACCCAGCGGGCUGAUCUCAAUGCAGACAUCAAAUGCUCUCAGAUUUCCUUAAAGGACGAACUCAUGGCUGAGGCUAGCAACCCCGGGCCGAUGCAGGUCUGCGGCCUGAACGUGCAGUCACUCAACGCUAUGGCCGACGACGGCCGACUGCUCGGUUCUGAGGCCGAUGUGGUUGUUUGUUCUGAGACAUCAGCUACCAGCUAUGUUCAGCAGAAGGUCCAGAAGAUCGUCUACAAGAACAAAAGACAUGUUGUCUUCAGCAAGGCGGUAGACAGACGGGUUUUUUCUGACAACCGUCACUGUGUGACGAAGGGACAGGCCCAGGGCACAGCGAUCCUGUCCAAGUAUCCAACGAGGCCGGCUUUGUCUCCCUGGCCUUCUCAUAUCUGGGAUACAUCACGGAUGACGGAUUGUUUCGUCAUCACGGAGGCCGGACCUGUGCACAUCAUUGCUGUGUAUGGUUACCACCAGGGUUUUUCUGAUUUCCAAGCAAAAAACGAGGAGCUGCUUCGACAGGCAAUUGCAAGGGCGAAUCUGAUCAAGUCCCCGGCUAUUAUCAUUGGAGACAUCAACUGUGCAGUGCCUGAUCUGGCUGUUUGGGAUCAGAUGAGAAACCUGGGCUGGAGAGACGCUGCCCUCACCCAACAGGAGCGGGAUGGAAAACCGCUGCAGAUGACGUACAAAGAUAUUUCCCGCCUCGACUACAUCAUCUACAAUGGGCUGGCGGCCCCUGCUUUCUCUGGUUUCUUUACGUCCGCUCAAGCAGAGACUGAUCAUAGAACUGUCAAUGCUAUUUUCGACUUGGGCUCUGUACCUACGACUUCCUGUGUGUUUCCUAUGCCCUCAGAUUUGAGAGAACUUGGUGUUCAACCGCAUCAACUACAACAUGCAUACGUGCCCGCUGGUGUCAGGUGCAAACUUGAGCAGGCUUUGCAGUCUGAUGAUAUGGAUGCCAUUUGGGCUACUUUCUGUGAGGCCUUUGAACACACUGCGGCCCAGCUCAAUCAGGGGGAGCCCAACAAGAAAUUCUUUGGCAGGAGCAAGGGCGCCUUUCGACAAUGUCAGAACUCAGCGCCUACGCCUAGGGCACGAUUGGGAGAAUUUCAACCGUCGGGUGAUGAGACAAACAAAGUCCUGCGGCAGCGCAUCCGACAAAUUCGACGACUCGAGACCUACACUGCCCAAUGCCUUGCGCUGCAGAGACGAAGUGGACAAGAAGCCGACCCGGCGACUGAUGCAGAUUGCAAAUCUACGUGGAAUGCCAUUGUCCACUCCACUGGCUUUGCGGGACCUUUCGCGUCCUGGUGGAUGUGGCUCAGUAUAUUUGCCAACAGCUUAAGCUUGACGAAGUUCAUUGGAGGCAUGGUGUCCCAGGUCAGAGCUUCAGCGAACCCCAUACAAAUUACGAAAGCUGCUGGUGCCUACUGGACACAAUUCUGGAAUGGUGCCAUGCCUGACGAGAUGGAUGAUGAGAUUGUGAUUGCUAUUCAUUGCCUGCCUCAGCUUCGCACAAUGGACACAGAAAUUGGGGAACCCGAUCUUCAAUGGGCUUUGCCGAAACUGGGAGUCAAGAAAGCUCGUGGAAUGGACGGCUUUAGCAACUUCGAACUCAAGAAUAUGCCACAGAUGCUACGACCUUACUUCAUUCGUAUUCUCAACCGCUUUACUGAUGGUCAAUGGCCGAAGGCGCUGACGAGAGCGAGGAUGUCACUCCUUUAUAGAACCGACCAAGUAGGCCAGGUCGAAACUACUCGUCCUAUCACCAUCCUGGCGUCUGUUUUUCGUCUAUGGGGAAAAAUCAUGGCCAGAAAGAUCGCCAAUCACAUUGGUGGUGCGUUACCUGCUACACUUUAUGGUUCUGUGCCAGGGAGGUCCACUUCGGAUAUGAUUUCCUCUGUUCAAACUCGCCUGGAGCAAGCACUGAUUUCUGGCCAGCCUCUUUACGGGGUUUCCUUUGACUUCUCCAAGGCUUACAAUACCCUCCCUAGGAAUGUCCUUCAGCAACUCAAUCAACGACUUGGGCUGCAAAAGCUAUGGGACCCUUAUUCGACCUUUUUGGCACAGUUGGAACGACAUUUCACAUGCGGCAAUCAUUGGGGUACUGGAAUCCGGUCGUGCACUGGUGUCCCGGAAGGAUGCCCUAUUGCAGUUUUCCAGAUGAUUAUCUUAACCUGGAUGUUCACAGCCAAGGCUCUCAAGGAUACAGCGUCGGAAAUGUAUUCCUAUGUUGAUGAUUGGAUUGUUUUAUCUGACUCGCCUGAUCAGAUGCAGUAUGUGACGAAGAUGAUUGAUGAGUUGGCGGGAAAGUGCAAUCUUAUUGUCAAUAUUCGGAAGUCGACGGUCUUUGCCACGACAAUGAAAGAAGCUAGAAAACUUCAGGCUUCUAUGCAGGAUUCUGACCUGAACAUUGGAAUGGCGAAGAACUUUUCUGGUUUGGGGGUGGAUUUCCAAACUGCCCUAGUACCUUCUGUCAGGGCUAGGAAUGACAGAUGGAAACGUGCAAAGGUGGUUCUGGACAGGCUGCAAUAUAUGCCUUGGAGUGCAGUGCAAAAAACAGCAGUGGUGGUGAGAGCUGUGCUUCCUCUUGUGUUCCAUGGCUGCCAGAACUGGAUGGCUGGAAAAGAAUUUAUGAACGACGUGAGGGCCAAGAUGAACCAUUCAGUCUGGGGGAAAAUGCGUUAUCAUCUCCACUUUCUUUCUCCCUUGAUGUCUGGGUCGGUCUUUGAGCCUGCAAUUUACGUGGGCAGGUGUCGAUUUGCUGCUUUCAUGAGAGCUUUUAGCAGGGAGGAGCAACUUAUCAAGGAGGUGUGGAAGCUUGCUACGCGCUCUGGUGCUUUCUACAAAAACAGGACGAGGGGUAUGGUUUCCAUCUUCCAGAAUCAGUUGCACGGGCUUGGCUGGGCUUUCUGUGAAGAUGGUAUGUGCACUACUCCCCGAGGGUGGUCCUUCAGGAUCUGGGAAAUCUCCUCGGCCCAGUUCAAUGAUCUCCUUAUGCAAUCCUGGGAAGACAACCUUUUGCAGCAUUUGCACCAGAAGGAGAACUUGACGGACCUGCCUUCUCUUUCUGUGAUGAGCACUGUUUAUCCGGAGCACUCUGAUCCACUUAUUCAGGCAUUCAUGAGGAAGGUAAGAUUGGGUGGACUUUUCGCCAACAACCGUAAAGCACAUUUCUUGGAUGAACAUGAUGGUGCAUGUGUCCAUUGCGGGUUGAAAGAUUCUUUGGAACAUCGGUGCUACCACUGUCCAGGAACGGAACAUGUUCGUGCAAGGGACAUUUGGUAUAGUCUCAAGGACAAACCGAAGAGUUUUUUACUGGGAGGACUACUGCCCCGUUUGCAGUUGUAUGAUGAUUAUGCCAGGAGACUUGAUGAGCUGGAUUGUCAAGAUAUUCAGCCUCUCCCUUUUUCAGAGACUGUUCGGGAAAUCUUCACUGAUGGGUCUGCGAGAUCCCCCAAAUGCCCCUUUACGCGACUUUGUUCUUGGGCUGUUACUCUGGCCGAGACUUCAAGCGAACGCAACACUGUUUUGGCCUCAGGUACUCUGGUUGGGAAACGUCAGACGGUUUUUCGGGCUGAGUUACACGCGGUGAUCAUUGCUAUCAUGGUGGCCAAUCGUGUCCGAGUUUUCUGUGACAAUGCCUCGGUUGUUAGAGAUGUCAAUCGUAUUCUGUCUUCUGGUUUUGCACAUUCCUUCUGGAAUGCCCACCCGGAUCGGGACUUGCUAUUGACGGUGGCGAAGGUUGUCUCCGGUAGGUCCCGAAAUGACAUCCAGGUGAUUUGGACGAAAGCUCAUCGUCAACCCUCCCAAGCUGUGAAUUUCUUUGACUUGUGGACGAUUCAUCAUAAUGCGCGGGCUGAUAAGGCUGCGGGGGCCGUACCUAUUCCACAAACACUGGUUCAGCUACGUGAUGAGUUACAACAUACUUUGCUUCUGGAUCUUGCUGAAAGACAACAGGCUGCUGAGUUUCUGCGAGCUAUUAUGGAUGAAUUUCCGAUUCGUGAUGGUGUGGAAGUGUAG